AUGUGUGGAAUAAUUCCCCCUUGUCUCGGAAACUUCAGCGUUGAUCUGCAAGUUUUAUAUCUUGGAAACAACUCUUUCAAAAUAUACACCAACAGAAGCAAUCUGACGUUGAUUGAUGUUAGUCAUAACCAAUUGCAAAGGCAACUACCAAGGUCGUUAGGGAACUACAUGAAACUUGAGUUUAUUGAUCUGUCAUACAAUAAAUUCAGCGAUGUUUCUCCCUUUUGGUUAAGGGCUCUUCCAGAGUUAAAACUUUUGGCAAUGCACCACAACGCGUUCUACGGUCCAAUUGAGGAACAUGAUCAGGACAAUGUUAAAUAUUUUCCUGAGUUGCAAAUUCUGGAUCUAUCUUUUAAUUGUUUCAGAGGCAAGUUUCUAUGUCAAAAAAUCUUUUCCGGGAAUGUCAUGAGGGGUGUCACUCGAAACCAACCAACAUAUAUGAAGGUAGACAGAACUAUGGAGACUCCUAGUCUUGAGCUAAUCUUUUAUGAGUAUUACUCAAUUGCGAUAACUAGCAAAGGUGUGGAGAGAUAUUAUCCGAAGAUUCAAGAAGCCCUUGUAGCGAUUGACAUCUCAAGCAACAAAUUUGAAGGGAGUAUUCUUGAAAUUUUUGGGAACCUAGAGGGGUUGGUGUCAUUCAAUAUGUCUGGUAACCUCCUAACUGGUCCCAUCCCAUCAUCUUUCGGGAAUUUAAGAUGGCUUGAAUCACUGGACCUUUCACACAACAAGCUUUCAGGACAAAUCCCUCAAAGCCUCACGUAG